UAAACUCUACUUUCUUGCACCACAAGACUUAAAUUUUCCUGAAACAACUAAAAUGGAAUUAUAUAAGAUGAUGGAUCAUGGAUUUACUCAUUCUUGUGAACUCUUGACAAUGGCUUUGUCAUUCAUCAGAGAGCUCCGGAUCUCAGUCACCCUUGUCGUUUUUUUCUUCGUCUUAGUUUCCUUUCCAGGGAACACUUACAGUGACGAAGACGAAUCAGAAGCAGGAGGUGCAGGUGGAGGAGUUGGAAGUGGCGGAACAGGAUUUGGCGGUGGUGGGACAGGUGUGGGAGGCGGAGGGAUAGGUUCGGGUACUGGAUUUAACGGCGGAGGGACAGGUUUUGGCGGAGUAGGAUCGGGUGCUAGUGGCAUUGGUGGAGGAGGAGCCGGAGGAUUAGGCAGCGGCGGUGGUAACGGAGGCUUUGGAGGAGGAGGAGGAUUAGGCGGUGGUGGUGGAGAAGAUCCACCGGAGAUAGUUACAAAAGCUUUGGAAUGCUUAAAUGAGAAACACAUAUACAGAGAGUGUGAAGAAACAUGGAGGCUAACGUUAACCGGAGACCUGAAUAUUCCAUUGGGGAGGACAGAAGAGUUCUGCCAAGGACCAUGCUUCUCCGAGACACAUUUGGCUUUGAAUUGCAUUGAAGACAUUAUUCACCACUACAGAUUCUUUAACAGAGCCACCAUCCACGACAUCCGUGAAACCCUCAAAUGCGGUUGCAGCUACGGACCUGAACGAGGUGAUUUCAAUGUUCUGGAGCAUAUUGAAGAUGAAGAAGAAAAUGGAAGUGAGAAGAUGAUGAAGUCAAGAUUUGGGUCGUUGUUCCUUGGGACUGUUUUGUUCACCAUUGCCUUGCUUAUCUAAAACCUUUCUUAUUUUGUUAUUUCAGCCAUUAUCUUAUAGCUAUUGAUUAUUUAGCAAUAGAUAUAAACCAUUCUCUUUGUAUACUUAUUUAAAGAGUCCUUAUAAUUUACAAAUUAUAUUUCAGAAUUUCACA